AUGCUUCAAACGCAGGCGCAGCACGUUUUCUCCCAUCAACACCAAUACCCGCAGGCUGAUCCCUCGUGGCUGCAGCAUCAGCAGCAGCAACAGCAGCAGCAGCAACACCAACAGCAGCAGCACCACCAAGCCCAACACCACCCGCACCAGGCUCAACAGCAGCAUUCUUCGCUAGUCGCCCAGCAGCAUGCCCAGGUUCAAGCGGCUGCGGCCGCUGCGGCCGCCGCUCAACAACAACAUUACAACCGCAUCGCGAUGGUCGGAAACGCUGGGAACCCCGGUCAAGGCGCAGGCGCUGGAGGGAUCGGUGCGGAAGGCUCUCUGCCCGGUUCGGUGUCGAUGGUAGAUGGUGGGAUUAGCGAGGAGAACCGCAAGGUUUUUAUCUGGGUGGCUGAGUUGCUGGAUCCUAAUCGCAGGGAGGCGGCUCUUAUGGAACUGAGCAAGAAGAGAGAGCAGGUUCCGGAGUUGGCGCUGGUUAUUUGGCACUCGUUUGGCGUGAUGACCGCGCUUCUGCAAGAAAUUAUCUCCGUUUAUCCUUUAUUGAACCCCUCACAACUUACGGCCGCGGCCUCGAAUCGGGUCUGCAACGCAUUGGCCCUGCUGCAGUGUGUUGCGUCUCACAAUGAGACUCGCACCCUGUUUUUGAACGCCCACAUUCCUCUUUUCCUGUAUCCGUUCCUUAACACGACAUCCAAAUCGCGCCCCUUCGAAUACCUCCGCCUCACCUCGCUGGGCGUCAUCGGGGCGCUGGUCAAGAACGACUCGUCCGAUGUCAUCAACUUCCUCCUCACCACCGAAAUCAUCCCUCUUUGCCUUCGAAUCAUGGAGACGGGGUCUGAGCUGAGCAAGACCGUGGCCAUCUUUAUCGUACAGAAGAUCUUACUUGAUGACAUCGGUCUGGCGUAUAUCUGCGCGACGUAUGAGAGGUUCUAUGCGGUGGGGACCGUCUUGAGCAAUAUGGUCACCCAGUUGGUGGAGCAGCAGACUGUCCGGCUGCUCAAGCACGUUGUGCGUUGCUUUUUACGCCUGAGUGACAAUAGCCGCGCACGCGAGGCCCUACGACAAUGCCUCCCCGAACCCCUGCGGGAUGCUACCUUUUCUUCCGUCCUCCGGGACGAUGCGGCCACCAAGCGCUGUCUCGCGCAGCUCCUGAUCAACCUUUCGGAUAAUAUCUCCGACGGCACGCAGGGGAUCGCCAUGUAA